CUCACCUGUACAUCAGGAUGAAGCUGAUCUUCUCUCUGUGUCUCAUCUAUGCGCUCUGCAGCUCAGCUGCUGCUCUUCAGUGUGACGCCUGUGCAGAUCAGACAUGUUCAACCACAGUCAGUAAGACGUGCAGCUCAGAGACCAUGUGUAUUACAGCUUCCAUCAGAGCCACUUCAUCUCAAGGUUCAGGAGCAUUAAUCUACAAGGACUGUGCUGCUGCUUCUCUUUGUCCAACCACUGGAGCUGCAACCUUUUCCGUCGCCUUGACUUUUUCCAGUGCGAUUGCAUCAGCUCAGUGCUGCAACACGACCAACUGCAACUCCCAGACCCUGACAUUUCCGGACCCUCCGUCUGCUAACGGCCGGACGUGUCCCGUCUGUGACCCGACCACCUCUCAGUGCAGCUCUACAGUUACAUGUUCAGGAGACCAGACCAGCUGCUUCCAAGCAACCAUGACAAACGGCUCAGCAACAUAUCCAGUUGUGGGCUGCGUGUCUCCAAACACAUGUGCAGCUGCAGCGAGCCUGAAUAACCUGCCUUUCAUGGAGAGCGUUGGUAACAUCGUCACUGGACCGACCUGCAGCACCGCAACCAUCAUGACAACUGUUCAACCAACCAUCUCUACCACACAAGAAACAACAACUGCUGCUGCAACAAGCAUUGAAACCACAACUGUAGCUGCAGCAACGUCCACAACCUCUGCACCAACCACUGGGACCACAACUGCUGCCGCAUCAACCUCUGAAAUCUCAACUGUUGCUGCAUCAACAUCCACCAGCCCUACACCAGCUCCCACAGAUGCCUCAUCCAGCUCCACCACCCCUGCACCAGCAACAGCUGCCUCAACCACCUCCACCACCCCUGCACCAGCAACUGCUGCCUCAUCCACCUCCACCACCCCUGCACCAGCAACAGCUGCCUCAUCCACCUCCACCACCCCUGCACCAGCAACGGCUGCCUCGUCCACAUCCACCACCCCUGCACAAAAGGCAGAUGGUGCGCCAACUGUACCUGUAGCAACAGGUGGAGCAGCUACAACUGUUUCACCAUCUGUAACCAAUGGUGCAUCUGGUUCCAUGACUGUUUCUUCAUCUGUUACUAACGGUGCAUCUGGAGCUGGAACAACCCAGUCAACCACAGUGUCAACAACCAGCAGUUCUGGAGUUUCUGUCCAAAUGUGUCUUUUCAACCUCCUGCUUGGUCUUCUUGUCUUCAUGUUGUAAUUGAUGAUGGAUGUUUUAGGGAACUUACUUUUGUUGGGAAAGUUUCAUUUCUUUCUCAAGUUUAAGGAAAACAUCAGAUG